AUGGCGAAUUAUUUAACGUCCAACAACCGUGCCAAGCAGUUGUCUUGGUUUCGUCUUCUGAGAAGUUUUCAGUGUUUUGUUCCCGAUUGUUUCCUUUUUCUUAAAAAUAGUAAAGACACCAUGUACAUCAAGCUAUUUAUGCUAAUGCUGGCCGUGACUGGUGCCUGGAGUGCCGUCUUACCAGAGAAUCAUCAGGUGGCAACAACGGCGGCCAGGACAACGACAGGUGACUUGGCCACCGCUGAGACUUCAGCCAAAUUACUCAAUCUCUUUGGAACUGGCACUGGUUAUCCCAGUUAUGGCUAUAACUACAAUCGUCCCAGCAAUGGUUAUUAUCCAGGUUAUCCCAAUACAAAUUACUAUGGAAACUCCAACUAUUAUCCCGGUUCGGGUUAUGGAUCUUCGUCGAGCUUCUAUCCCAGCCAGGGAUACUAUCCAAAUCAGGGAUACUAUCCCAACAGCGGGUAUUAUCCCACCACAAAUAUCCUAGGAAGUGGCGGCUAUGGCGGAUAUGGAGGCUAUGGAGGCUAUGUGCGCAACACUUUUGGCUAAAACAGUCAUGUGCAAAAGACCGACAAGAACUUAACCAAAUGCCAUGCUCCAGCACACAUCACAAAACCAACAAAUAAACCAAGAAAAGAAAAAAGAUCGUAAAACUUAUAUAAACAAUUUAUUAGGAAGCACAUCAUCCCGAGAGGCCCGGCCAUAACCUUCAACUUGGAAUAUUUGGCGAACCAGAAAAAUCUUCAAGUCUCUGCCCGGAGACAAAGUCUUGGUCUUAAAUUUUAAGUAAAGUCGUGUUUAUGUUUUUCCACUUUU